AAUCAUUGUACCUGGAACGGUGAUAUUGGACCCUCACAGAAUUUGUCCAGUCCAUCAAGUCCAUCCCAGCACCAGUGGUCCUCAUGAAGGUCAGCAAAAAGAUCGAGCAGUCACAGAAGGAGGGGAAGAUAUGGUGGUCUUUUGAAUAUUUCCCUCCUCGGACCGCUCAGGGUCUUCAAAAUCUGCUAGAUCGUAUAGAAAGAAUGAGGAAUCUGGGCCCCGAAUUCAUCGAUAUUACUUGGAAUGCUGGUGGUCGGACAUCCGAACUUACCUCGGAAAUGGUCAGGUUAUGUCAGGGUGUUAUUGGCAUCGAGACCUGCAUGCACCUAACCUGCACCAACAUGCCUAGAGAGAAGGUAGACGUCGCCCUCUGCGAGGCGAAAAAGCAUGGCUGUCGUAACAUUCUUGCCCUUCGUGGGGAUCCACCACAGGGUAAAGAUGAGUGGGAAGCAGUCGAAGGUGGCUUUGUUCAUGGCAUCGAUCUCGUCCGCCAUAUCCACAAAGAAUACGGUGACUACUUCGACAUCGCCGUCGCUGGUUUCCCACAGAACAUGCUCCUUCCCCCUGAAGAACGUGACCUCGAGAUCAAGUACCUGAAGGAGAAGAUUGAUGCUGGUGUCGACUUCAUCUUCACUCAGAUGUUCUAUGACGUGGAUAUCUUUAUAGAUUGGGUAAAGGCAAUUAGAGCAGCGGGUAUCACUAUUCCUAUUGUACCGGGCGUUGCACCCAUACAAACAUGGAACGGCUUCCUCAAGGCCACCUCCCUCGCACAGACAAAAAUUCCCCAAUCCUUCAUGGAUGCCUUGGAACCCCACAAGAACGACGAUGAAAAGGUUAGAGCUAUUGGCACAAAGCUCGUUGCCGAUAUGUGUCGCAAGAUUCUCGACGCAGAUCUCGGCAUCAAAGGACUGCAUUUCUACACCAUGAACCUGGAAAAAGGAACCAAGAUGCUUUUGCAGGAACUCAACUUGGUGCCACGGGUCGAAACGCUCAAGCCGCUGCCCUGGAGACAGUCCCUUACCCCAAAUCGUCGGCAAGAAAAUAUCCGUCCAAUCUUCUGGGCAAACAGAACACAGUCUUACUUGUCGCGCACUGAGAAUUGGGACGAGUUCCCCAAUGGUCGCUUUGGUGAUUCUCGGAGUCCGGCAUAUGGCGAACUCGACGGUUACGGCGUCUCACUGAAACAAACGGACGAGGCAGCCUUGAAACUCUGGGGCGAACCCAAGACUUUUGAUGACAUCGUUCAGUUGUUUAGCCAGUUCUGUUUGAAGAAACUUUCUGCGCUGCCAUGGUCAGACCAACCGGUCUCUGGUGAAACGUCGAUCAUUUCCAAAGAACUAUCAAAGAUAAACCAACUCGGUUUCCUAACUAUCAACUCACAACCCGCCGUCAAUGGUGCGCCAAGUGAUGAUCCAAAGUUCGGGUGGGGACCAAGGGACGGAUACGUGUACCAGAAGGCUUACCUGGAAUUCUUCGUAAACCCCGAGUUGCUCGAGAUACUCAUCUCAGAAAUAGAGAUGGACACCAAGAUGACGUACUAUGUCAUCAACAAGCAGGGUGAUCUGCGCACGAACAGCCAUUCAGAGGGGCCAAACGCUGUCACUUGGGGUGUUUUCCCAGGGAAGGAAAUUAUUCAGCCCACAAUUGUCGAAGCUAUUAGUUUUAUGGCUUGGAAGGAUGAGGCAUAUGACCUAGGCAUCAAGUGGGCAAACAUCUAUGAGACUGCCUCGCCGUCGCGGCAACUCAUAAUGGACGUCAUGAAUAACUCGUAUCUCGUCAACGUCGUUCACAAUGACUUUAAAGACACUAAAGCAAUAUUCACACCCUUCUUCAAGGCCGGGGAGAAGUAUGCCGCGUCUCGCGCGACAGCGAACGGUUCAGCCCAAACCAAUGGUGACCUGAACUAGACGGUUACCCCGCCGCAAACUUGACAUGAUCCAACUCACCACCAGUGACGUUCAUAAUAGUAUACUAUUUCGGG